CCCUCCCCCCUUUAAAGAAAUUGACGGAUUAUUGCUAACUGUGCAGGAGGCAGGCUGCAGCUGCUGCAUCUACUGGCUGGAGAGCUAAGCUAGUUAAAAAGAAAUCUAAUGACUGCAAUGUGCAGCUUUUAGUCUUUACAAUUCAGCCAAGUACAGCAAACAAACGGAAAAGACAGUGGGACAGCUCGACAGCAAAAACAGAAGACCAGAAGAAUUAAGGACCGUAUAAUUCUUUUUUUUUUUUUUAAUCCUGGUUUAAAUUUAGAGUUGAGCAAUUGAACAUUGCAAAAGGCAUUCUACAGCAACCCACGUCGGCAACCAAGGGCAAUCACUGGGAGUACUUCUGGCACUACUCUUUGGAGCAGAGAGGAUUCUUGCACCUGCGUAGUCUAUUGGGCCUCACCUCUACAACAACAUUGUUUAAUGCUGCUGUUUCUGGAUUUACUAGGAACCAUUUUGCCAGAUUGUUUGAAUAUUCAUUUACUGUACAGUAAGAUGAGGCUACAUAAUGCUUAGGGAUAGAUGAUUAACAAUAGAACUGUUUGGACUUCACAAAACUACAGAGGUAGGUGCCUGAAAAGUGUUCCCAUCCCCUUCCACUAAUUCAAGCCUUUUUCUCACUCACUCUUGCUCAGAUCGGCACCUUCCUGCACUGUAGAUGGAAAAAAUAAUCAGAGUCUUACUUAAACCGGGGUAGGGCCAGUUCUCCAUUCCGUGCCAAAUCCCAGACGAUGUUGAAUUAUGAAUGUGCCACAUCAUGAAUCUCUUGUGGCAGGUAACUGUGCACCGUACCUGGAAUGCCUCCCUGCUUUUUGUAGUCUACCUCAUGGUACGAACGUGGAGUCUGUGUGCAGCUUCUGCCGGACCCCAGAGUUGCCCCUCAGUCUGUUCGUGCAGUAACCAGUUUAGUAAAGUGGUCUGCACACGCCGCAGUCUCAGGGAGGUCCCUCAAGGGAUCCCCUCAAAUACUCGGUACCUCAACCUGAUGGAGAACAACAUUCAAAUGAUCCAGGCGGACACUUUCCGGAACCUCCACCACCUGGAAGUGCUGCAGCUGGGGAGGAACUCCAUUCGCCAGAUAGAGGUUGGUGCUUUUAAUGGUUUGACCAGUUUGAACACCCUGGAGCUGUUUGAUAACCGCUUAACAGUUAUUCCAAGUGGAGCAUUUGAGUAUUUGUCCAAACUGCGGGAGUUAUGGCUUAGGAAUAACCCCAUUGAGAGCAUACCCUCUUACGCUUUCAAUCGGGUGCCAUCUUUGAUGCGUUUGGAUUUGGGCGAGUUAAGAAAACUGGAGUAUAUAUCAGAAGGUGCUUUUGAGGGGUUAUACAACUUGAAAUACCUUAAUCUUGGAAUGUGUAACAUUAGAGAAAUGCCAAACCUCAACCCAUUAGUUGGGCUGGAGGAAUUAGAGAUGUCUGAAAAUCUUUUUCCUGAAAUCAAACCUGGAUCUUUUCAGGGUCUUAAAUCUCUGAAAAAACUCUGGAUUAUGAACUCACAAAUCAACCUGAUUGAACGGAAUGCUUUUGAUGACCUCACUGCACUGGUGGAAUUGAACCUGGCCCAUAAUAACCUGACCUCUCUGCCACAUGACCUUUUUUCACCCCUGAGAUACCUGAUAGAAUUACAUCUGCAUCACAAUCCGUGGAACUGUGACUGUGACAUUGUUUGGCUUUCAUGGUGGCUGCGUGAAUACAUCCCCACAAACUCAACAUGCUGUGGCCGCUGCCACUCCCCACCCUACAUGAGAGGCAAAUACUUAGUGGAGGUUGAACGGAGCACUUUCCAGUGUUCGGCCCCCUUUAUUGUAGACGCUCCUCGAGAUUUAAACAUCUCAGAAGAACGAGUGGCCGAGCUCAAGUGUCGCACGGCCUCCAUGUCUUCUGUUAGGUGGUUGCUGCCAAAUGGCACAAUAUUAAGUCAUGGGUCAAAUCACCCGCGAAUAUCAGUUCUAAAUGAUGGAACACUAAACUUCUCGCGUGUUUUGUUAAAGGAUACUGGGAUCUACACAUGCAUGGUCACCAAUGUGGCGGGAAAUUCAAAUGCCUCGUCCUAUCUCAACGUCAGCACUGCUGAGCUGAACACGUCCAAUUUGAGCUACUUCACGACUGUCACAGUGGAAAUUGUAGAACCAACAUCGGAGGACAUUCCGCCGAAGAUCAAGGCAGUUACAACGCCUUCUACGGAAUACAAACCAGCAUUUAUAUCCACUCCUACUGUUCUGCUCCAGAACACCAAGACGCCAAAACAGGUGUCAGUCCUCACUUCGAACGGCACAGAAAGACCACCUGCUAGCUUGGAUGAGGUCAUGAAGACCACCAAAAUCAUCAUUGGCUGCUUUGUGGCAGUCACCCUUCUGGCCGCUGUUAUGUUAAUAGUAUUUUACAAACUGCGCAAGCGACACCAGCUGAGGAGCACAGUCGCUGCUGCCAGGACUAUAGAGAUUAUCCAAGUGGACGAGGAUGUUCCCACAGCAGCAUCAGCCACCGGUAUACCGGGAGAAGGGCCGGUUGUAUUACCCACCAUCCAUGACCACAUGAACUACAACACCUACAAACCAGCACAUGGGGUUCACUGGACAGAGAACAGCAUUGGCAACUCUCUUCACACCACGGCCAGCACCAUCACCACUAUUCAUGAGCCCUAUAUAAUACAAACUCACACCAAGGAGAAGGUACAGGAGACACAGAUUUAACAUUACCCCUACCCUUUCCCAAUUAUAAAAUGCAACAGAGUGCACAAAAAAAAGCAGCAACUUUUUUGUACAGAGUGCAAAAUUAAAACUGUGUAUAUAU